AUGGCAGAGAUGAACAACACAGAUCCUCAAGUCCCUAGUGGACCGACGCACUUGUACUUGCUUCAAAUGGAUUCCAGUAUUAAUUUAAGUUUAAAUGAACAAGUACUACCUUUGCAUUUAUUAGAUAAUAGCUUAGAAUAUGGUCAUAAACAGUACCUGCUACCAAUUCCUUUAAAGCAGAAAGAAACAUCAGAUCAACUGGAAGUAAUUAUUGAUUCUAGUCAAGGACAAGCUAAAAUAAUGGGUGUUAUUGAUAGAACUUAUAAAAGUGCACAGAAUCUUUUACCAAUCUGUGAUGAUCAACUUCAGAUCGCUUCAGCAUUGGGAGGCAGUAGUAACUUGGCUUUAAAAACAGAUCACCUACUAGACUUGCAAGGAACACCACUGGAUCUAAGUAUUGAAGAAACAGAACUUAAUAAUAAAGUAUGUGGUUUUGAUGACAAAGUACAUACAACUGUUAAUAACUAUGUUCACAUAUCGGACCGCGUUGUACUUCCGCGCGCCUAUGCUGUAUUACCGCCGAUACUUCAAGUACAAAGACGCCAUAUAAUCUCUACACGAAGAAGUUUACCUGCAUGUGCACGGUUUGGCCCCGUUCAAGGAAUAAGAAACAAAAUAUCUCAAUCAGAAGCUGUGGAACUAGUGCUGAACGCUACUUCAAACAAAAUACCUUUAUUUCUAGUAAGGGACACGGAUGGGAAUAUCAUACACAUUGACACAGCUGAUAAAGAUAAAUCCAACUGGAUUGGAUUACUGCCACUAGGAGAUCAAAGCUCUGCAAAUGUAUGGCUGUAUGAGGAAAAUCAAGAACUGUAUGCAAUAACUACAGAAACAGUACCACUAAGAAAACCCCUUAUACUUGGGUACAGCAAACAAUAUGCUGAUGAUUAUGGAUUAAUAGGCCCAACUAAAGAAAUUAGAAAAGAUACUCAAGUUGAGAAAACAUGGUGGUGUUACGAAUGUCAACGCACACUGCCGUCAGAAAAACAAUUAAAAUCUCAUACAGAAACCUACCACAAGGAUGGGGCCUUGCUACCAAGACGACGGUACCGUUGUCGACAUUGUUCAAGAACAUUUUCUAGACUGUUUGCAUUACGACGACAUAUACUAGUUCAUUGCCCUGUUAAAUUAGAAAAAAGGAAUAAAGUAACCAAUCAGGAUACGAAGAAUGAUGCGCCACAAAUUAAUAUAAAUAUAUCUAUAAACUCUGAAGACAAUAGGAUACCGUCAGACGAAAGUUUCCAGAACUAUUCUAAUGGACUAGACUUCUCCACUAACCUGUUUGAUACAGAUCGUAUAUCUAGUCUCGAUAUUUCUGGUAACCCCAGAUCUGAUAAUGAUUUUAAUCCUUACGCUAUCGGGUAUAAGGACGACAAUGAUUUAGCUAGUGAUCUGGAUUUUUCAAGUAAUUGCCAAAGGACUUCCAAAGAGAAAUCACCGCAACCAGAAGAAAAGCUUAUUGUUCCUUGUGCCUAUUGCAAUGAAAUUAUUGUUAAAGGAAAUAGGCGCCAACAUAUAAGUAAAUGUCCAGCCCGUGUAAUGACUUGUGAAUGUAAAAAGGUGUUCAGAAACGUGAAACAAUUUAAAGAGCAUAUUUGGAGUCAACAUUCAAACGAAAAGCCGUUUCAAAAUGAAAGUGAAAAUAAUGUACCUGAUGCUCCUGAAACAAAGCCAGAUGGUCCGCCUCUAUAUAAGUGUGAACAGUGCCAACAUACUUUCAAGCGUCGAGGUAUGCUGGUGAACCACCUAUGGAAAAUACACAACAUGAUCUCCGCUCGAGUGCCACUAGAGCGACGCGUGCGUCACUACCCGUGCGGGACUUGCACCAAAUUAUACAGAACUGCCGCUAAACGGGACCGACAUGUACAGCUACAUCAUCCAGGGGCAGCGAAGUUCCGCGUAGAAGCCCUGGACGGCGGUACGCGAGUUUGUGAGCCGGCGAUGUGCUCCGAGUGUCCGCGACAGUACGUCACACGAGCCAAGCUACUGCAGCACCAGAGGGCACAUCACCCCUACUUGAUUCCACCGCCAACAACAAAAAAAGGAAAAACUUUAUUAAUGGAGCAAGUCAUAUAA